AUGCCCAAUAGUGUGCUGUGGCACAAGCACACUUUGUCGAAGCCUUUCAACGGGAUUUCAGCCAUGAACACCUUUGUCAUCGUACUUUCUGCCCUUGUUGCCUGCGCAUACGCCGGUGGCUUCCACGGUCUCGGCCUUGGGGGCCUCGGUGGCCUCGGCGGCCUCGGCGGUGGUUAUGGUCUUGGAGGUCUCGGUCUCGGCGGCCUGGGCCUGGGCGGAGGUAUCCUGAAGACCGGUACCGCUUACGGGGCCCUGUCUGCGCACCCAGUGGCCACCCUCGGCGUCCUCAAGCAGCCUGUGGUCAACUACGGUCUGCUUGCCAAGCCCGUUGUCAACUACGUGGCCCAGCCUUUCGCCAGUGUGUCCCACGUCUCCAAGCCUUUCGUGAGCUACCAUGGCGGACUUGGUGGUCUGGGUGGCCUCGGUGGUCUCGGAGGUCUCCACGGUCUUAGCGGCCUCGGCGGUCUUGGUGGUCUCGGCGGUCUCGGUGGCAAGCUCUGGUAA